AUGAAUUCAUCGUCUGGUCAAAAUGGGUCAUCUUAUGUCCUCUAUUCAGACUCAUUCAGCACAGCUAUAGCCAAAAAUUUAACAGUUGUUUUGCUUGGAAUAUCUAUUAAUUACUUAAACGGGACCCUCAUUUACACCUUCAGUAAACACCAGGUCUUUUACCACAACCCUCGCUACAUCCUCUUCAUCCAUCUGGUGGUGAAUGACAUGAUCCAGCUCACCACUGCCAUCACUCUCUAUGUGUGCACUUAUGUUUUCUACACCAUUAACACAUUUAUUUGUUGUAUUAUUCUUGCAUUUGCUGUUUUCACAACACUUAACUCUCCUAUGAAUUUAACAGUGAUGGCGGUGGAGUGCUAUGUUGCCAUAUGCUUCCCCCUUCAGCACUCCCAGUUGUGCAGCAUCAAAAAGAUUUAUAUAGUGAUUGCAUGUAUGUGGGCCUUGAGCUUAUUGUCAUUUUUACCAGACAUAUUUUAUCUUGCAGCAACUGAGCCUGCUCUAUUCUUCACCACUGUUUUUUGUGACUCUGUAUUUUUGUUUCGAAAUCCCAUAAUGAAAAAAGAGAGAGAAGUCAUGUUUGCAUUGUAUCUUGCUGGUGUUUGGCUUGUUCUGAUUUACACUUAUGUCCAGAUAUUUUUAGUUGCCAGAUCAGCAAAAACAACAAAUACUGAUGCCAAAAAGGCCAGGAAUACUAUUUUGUUACAUAGUUUUCAGCUCUUACUGUGCAUGUCAAUGUAUGUGUAUCCCACUGUCCAAAAACUUGUUUUAAUUAUGAUCCCAAGAAUAUAUAUCCACUUCCUGUUUGUGUGGUACAUAUUAUUGCAAAUCCUCCCCAGGUUUCUGAGCCCUAUGGUUUAUGGGCUGCGAGAUGUAAUGUUUAGAGAACAUCUGAAGAAGCAUCUCUCCUGCAGCGCGACUCAUAAAGGGUCAGUCCAUAGAAGAUAA